GAUCCGUGUUUUUGAACAUGUCAAAGAUAACUUGUGUACCUGAACUUAAUGAUUGUAUUCAUUUAAUAAUCGUAUUCAUUUGUUAUACAUAACGAAAUCGUUGAUAUGAGGGAACCGACAGUACUGCAUUAUAUUUAAACGAAUAUCAAUACGAAAAACGAAAAACGAUUAUUGAGUUAUAAGAAGGGAAGUAAGUUUUAAACAAACAUUUUUAGAAAUAUAGUUUAAAAUUUUGUUUGAAAAACCAAAGAGAGUUCUUUUCUCAUACAAUUGAUUAACUCUAACUAUUGUAUUCUAACCAUUAUAUUCUAUGAAGUAUAGUUUAUCGCUUUUAAGAUAUUAAGCAUAUAGUAGUUGCUUAAGUAAUUAAUUGUAUAAGUAUAAUUAGUGGAAUUAUUAUAUAGUGUUAUAUAUAAAAAUAUAUUAUCUAUAAUAGAAUAUAUUAAUGCACUAUAAGAUUAUAUUGAAAAUGAUUUUAUGAAUACAACUCACUAUUAUUAAUAUAUAUAUAUAUAUAUAUAUAUAUAUAUAUAUAUAUAUAUAUAUAUAUAUAUAUACUUGCUCUGCUUAUUAUUCUUUUUCAUUAUAGUCAUUUUUAUAAUGGUAACACAAGUACACACUACGAUAAAAUUAUACCAUCGUAGGCUACUCUGACAUCUUCGUCGUUCUUCAUUCGGUGGAGCGUAGAACAUCAGAGAGCAUAGUUAUAAAUAAAUAGAGAAUAAGAAUAGCAUAGGACGAUGCCAUCGAUCUAUCAACUUAUUUUAAUAGACCUAAUCUUAAGCAGUUGACGAAAGUUCGAUACCUACUCUAAGAGAAAAGCAAUUGUGAUUUAAAUCUAUUCUUACACAUGUCCUAUCAUUUAACGUAUGUUCAAAAUGCUACCCUACGUUGUAGCUAAAUCUUAUGGUAUCGGAUAUGCAAAUAUAUGGUAUGGAAUAUGGUGUAGAAAAUGUCGAAGAAUAUAUGGUAGUUUAAAAGUUCGGAUAUCACUCUGUUUGAUUAGAGGUUGGAAGAGUCUAAUUUUAGUGUACUCGCAAAUGAUAGUUGUGCUUGUAUCGAUUGAAGAACGCUCGAAGAAUUGUUCCAGGAUACUUCGUAGAUAAUAUUUUUUUCUAUUACUUUUGAAGAGAGUUAGAUGCACUCUUGUGACAAACAACGUUCUCGAUCGUUAUUGAUUGUUAAAUAGAAAAAAAAAGAAAAAAAAUAAAGAAGAACGAUUUUAAUUUUAAAAUAUUUUUUAAUUGUGACCACGCGUUUGAUAUGAAAUAAAAUCGUACAAAAUAUUUCGUCGUACAUAUAAUAAGAUUGCAUCACGAAUCAAUAUGAAUAAACAAUUAUUUGUUGCGCACGAAUACAACAAUCUUAUAAAACCUGUAAUGAUAACAACAAAAAUAAUGUCUAUUUGGCCAUUGGAUAAAGAUUCUACUAGGACAGCUGUAAUACUUAAAAAUUUACAUACAGUCGCUAUGUUUUUAAUGAUUAUAUCGUUAUCUACCGCUACCACAAUAGAGGUAAUAAACAAUAUCGAUAAUUUAAACGAAGCAACUGAAUGUGCUCUCCUUUGUACUGCUUUUUAUCUCUCUGGAAUUAGACUCACGAUUUAUUUUUUAUAUCGCAAAGACAUGUCCUAUAUCGUUGAGACUAUGAGAACGGAUUGGAUUUUAGCAAACUAUGAAGAUAUUCUCAUCUUAAGGGAUAAAUGUUUAUUUACAUUUCGUCUAUCCAAAUACUUCAUAUUCACCGUAGCUAGCACCAUUUUUCUAUUUAUAUGCGCUCCUCUCAUAGAGGGAUAUAUCCAUGAUACAACUAUGAGGGUAUUGCCCUUUCGUGGAUAUUUCUUUGUAAAUCAUACGAUCUCUCCAUUCUUCGAAAUAAUCUAUACUUUCAACAUUAUAUCAGGCUGUUUCUCAGCCACUACUAUAGCUGGUGCAACGAGUUUCAAUCUUGUCGUUGUUAUGCACGGAUCCGCAAAAUUCGCAAUCCUACAGAGAAGAUUAAAAAAUAUAAAAGGCAACGAUCAAAAUGCAUACGCUGAACUUUCAGCCUGUGUAAAAAAUCAUCAGGAUGCUAUCACGUUCGCUGAUACGUUGGAGAGAGUUAUAAAUAUCUUGGCCUUAGGGCAAUUCGUUAUUAGUACCGGUUUGGUGUGCUUUGCAGGAUUUCAAAUCACUGAGAUGAUUCAAGAUAGAGGACGAUUCAUGAAAUAUACGGCUUUUUUGAACUCUGCAAUUCUGGAGCUUUUUCUAUUUAGUUUUAGCGGAAACAAAUUGAUUGAUGAGGUAAGCGUAUUAUCCUCACAUUAUUUACUUAUUUAUCGAAUUAAUAAAUAUUAACAAUUACGAAUUAAUUAAUAAGUAUUAAUUAAUAUUAUAACUAUUGUAUCAUAAAUGUAGAGCGAGGCUGUAGGCUUAGCUGCUUAUGAAAGCGAAUGGUAUAACAACAAUUUUGGCUUAACUCUACGAACGAUCAUCAUGCGAUGCAAAGUACCAUGCAAAAUAACAGCUGCA